GGGCUCACCGCCGGGCCGCUGCCGCCGUCGGGGACCCCGCUGCCGGCUGAUGUCCGAGCCGCGCCGCCGCCCGCGCUUGGAUGUACUUGGGAAGGCUUUUGGAUCGUUGUCUGGGUCUCGGGGCACAGCCUGCCGGAGGCACUGGAAGCGGACUGGUUCCUGGUCAUGCCCGGUGGAAGGAGGGGACCCAGCCGGCAACAGCUAAGCCGUUCAGCUUUGCCUUCUCUCCAGACACUGGUUGGUGGGAGCUGCGGAAACGGUACUGGUUUGAGAAACAGGAAUGGUAGUGCCAUCAGCCUCUCUGCGCCUCCGAUCACAGCGCUGAUUACUCCAGAGCCUGUGCGUCACUGCCGGAUCCCUGAACUGCCGUUGGAUGGGAGCCUUCUCUUUGAAUUCCUGUUCUUCAUCUACCUACUGGUAGCCCUCUUCAUUCAGUACAUCAACAUCUACAAGACUGUCUGGUGGUACCCAUACAAUCACCCUGCUUCCUGCACCUCACUGAAUUUUCACCUCAUUGACUACCACCUGGCGGCGUUCAUCACAGUGAUGCUGGCACGGAGGCUGGUGUGGGCCCUCAUCUCUGAGGCCUCUCAGGUGGGUGCGACAUCAGUGGUUCACUACAUGGUGCGCCUGGUGCUGCUCACCCUCUGUGGAUGGGUGCUCUGCUGGACUUUGGUCAACCUCUUCCGCAGCCAUUCUGUGCUCAACCUUCUCUUCCUGGGCUACCCGUUUGGUGUCUAUGUCCCUCUGUGCUGCUUCCACCAGGACAGCAGAGCACAGCCUCUACCUGCAGACUGUGGAUACUUGGUACAGGACCAGGUGGCAGAUGAUGGGGCUUCAGCUGUCAGCAGCCUGGUCAAAGAUUUCUUCUCGCUUCUGUGGGAAUCCCUGAGAGAACAGUUCAAUAAUCCUACGUCUAUCCCCACCCACAGCUGCCCCCUUUCCCCAGAUCUCAUCCGCAAUGAGGUGGAGUGCCUAAAAGCAGACUUCAACCGCAGGAUCAAGGAAGUUCUCUUCAACUCUCUCUUCAGUGCCUACUACGUGGCAUUCCUGCCACUGUGUUUUGUGAAGAGCACCCAGUACUACGACAUGCGCUGGUCCUGUGAGCACCUCAUCAUGGUGUGGAUCAAUGCCUUUGUCAUGCUCACCACUCAGCUGCUGCCUCCCAAGUACUGUGACCUGCUCCACAGGUCAGCCGCCCACCUUGGAAAGUGGCAGAAACUAGAACACGGUUCCUACAGCAAUGCUCCACAGCACAUCUGGUCAGAAAACACAAUAUGGCCACAAGGAGUUCUGGUGCGACGGAGCCGAUGCCUGUAUAAAGCAGUUGGGCCUUACAACGUAGCAGUGCCUUCAGAUGUGUCCCAUGCCCGCUUUUAUGCAAGUAUCUCUUCUCUUGCUUGAUGCCUUAUGACUGUGGGAGGGAGGAGAGGCUCAAACAUAGCUGCAGCAGAGCAGACCAUGCAGAACAGAGUUCAGUGCUGCGCAUCAGUCUGUUGCUGCUAAACAAAAUACCUGUUAGCAGCAGAGGGGUUUUCCCCUUCCAGUAUUACAGUGACCUCUGGGCAAGAUGGAAGUCACAGCUGCCUUGUCAGUGUUUUCUCAUCAAGGUGACACAGCUCUCUCAUCAGACAGUGGCAUAUUCCCAAGAGGGUUCUAGUUAACAUCGUUCAGGGAAACAGGAAAGUACAUCAGGAGGCCAAUUGGUUAUCUCGCCCGUCCUCCCCUUCUCAAGCAAAAUGCCACUUCUACAUGCCACCUCUUAUUCUGUUUUCCCUAAGUAGCACCUGGGGGUGGCUGGAGUACAAGCAUUUCUUCUGCCCCACAGUGGUUAGUGACUCAGUGGUGCCUGACAGCAUUAUAUACGUAGCCCUCCUCCCUUCAACCCUGCAACAAAUUACAGAAAUCUGUCCUUUUUAACUGUUUCCCUGCAGUUCCUUUUCCACCGUCCAUUACGGCUGCUCAACCUGCUGAUCCUCAUUGAAGGCAGUGUGGUUUGCUACCAGCUCUACUCCCUGCUGCGCUCAGAGAAGUGGAACCAUACCCUCUCCAUGGCCCUCAUCCUUUUCUGCAAUUAUUAUGUCUUAUUUAAGCUCCUCCGGGACCGGAUAGUAUUAGGCAGGGCAUACUCCUACCCACUUAAUAACUAUGGACUCAAGGCACACUAGGCCGGCCAAAUGUGUACCCCUUCUCUUUUUCUUCCCACAGGGCAGGGAGGGAACCUCAGAAAAAAAAAAAAUAUUUUCGUACAGUUCUAUUUUUUUCUUGCGGCGUUUAUAAAUAUUUAAAAUAUUUUAUAUUUUGUAUACUAUUGUUUUUGUGGGGCGGGAAGGGAACCAGUGGCAAUUAAAUGUCGCUUUAUAAACAAGGUGUUAUUUUAUAUAUAUAAAAACCAAAAAAAAGUGGAUGUGUAUAUACCGUAUAUCUAUACCCAUACAUAUAUCUAUGUGAAGCAA